GCAGGGGGCUGAUCCCAGUCAUGUGUAUUGAAUCAAAAGCUAACUUCGCAGGAGAUUCAUCCAACGAAAUUAUAAGAGUUCUGUAGCAAUUUUUGGCCCAUUUUGGGGAGAUAUUUUUGUCUUUCCUGAACUGUAAGACUUUCAUGGCAUGGAAUCGUAAUAGCCCUCAGUGCUCUGUUUAAUGCUUUCAUCCCAUCUUCAUCAGUUCAUCCAGACGCUUCCUGAAAGAAUGGGGGCAGGCGCAUUAGCCAUCUGUCAAAGUAAAUCAGCAGUGAAGCUGAAAGAAGACAUGAAAAAGAUAGCAGCACUGCCACUGAACAAGCAGAGGGACGAUAGCUGUCAGAAGGUGUUCGGUGUGAGUCUCCAGGACCUCCAGCAGCAGGGACUUACCAAGAAUGGCCUCCCAGCAGUGGUGUGGAAUACAGUAGAAUAUCUGACCCAACAUGGGCUGACACAGGAAGGUCUCUUCAGGGUGAAUGGUAACAUGAAAAUGGUGGAUCAGUUGCGUCUGAAAUAUGACCGAGGGGAGGAAGUGGAGCUGGCUAAAGAUGCUGAUGUGUGCUCAGUAGCCAGUCUGCUGAAAUUAUUUCUGAGGGAGCUGCCAGAUGGGGUGAUCACUUCUGCAUUGCAUCCCAGAUUUAUACAGCUUUACCAGGACACUAGAAACAAUGCUGAGAAGGAGAACAACUUGAAAGAACUAAUAAAAGAGCUGCCUGAUGCCAACUAUUGCCUGCUGAAGUACCUGUGCCGGUUCUUGACCCGAGUUGCUGAGCAUCACACGGCAAACAGAAUGAACGUUUUCAAUCUGGCCACCAUUUUUGGACCAACUUGUUUUCACGUGCCUUCUGGAUUUGAAGGUAUGAAGGAACAGGAAAUCUGCAACAAAAUAAUGGCCAAAAUGCUGGAAAACUAUAAUACCUUGUUUGAGCUGGAGCACACAAAGAAGGAUGAUGAAAAUCAUGCAUGUGAAGAGCUAGCAAGAAUUAUUUUAGUGAAAGCCAGUUGUGAGCAGUCCCUGCCUAUCAAUCUGACAAGAGCUUUAGAAAGAGAGGCACUGAAGUCAACACCACGAAGCAAGAUCACAAAGUCCACCAGGGAAGGAUCUAUACAGGAAUGUCUCUUGCCACAACCAGAGUUGUCGGAUGGAAUUCCUCAGGUCAGCCUCCGAUUAACUGACAGUAGUGCAUGUUUGGAGGAAAUGGAUUUACCAGAUGAAAUCUCUUACAUUAACAGUGCUUCAUUCUUCUCCAGUUCCCAAGAAGAUGAGCGGCCUAUGUCACCCUUCUAUUUGAGUGCCCAGGUAUCCCAAGUGAGCAGUAACAUUCCUGCUACUGGAGAAUACUUAGAGAAGACGAUCCGCUCAGCAGUGGAACAGCAUCUCUUCGAUGCUCAUGGCUCAGGUGGGCAGAGUUCAGAGGACUCCGAAUCGGGAGCAUCGUCAGCCUCUUCAAAUGUGUCCACCAGGCAUAGGAGGCGGCAUCACAAAGAGCAGGAUGAAGGCCGACGAAACAGAGACGUAGAGGUCAUCAACAAAGAAAACAUUCCUUCUGGAUUCGGAAACCUUGAAGAUUGUAUUCUGACUCCUCAGGAAGUAGAAAAAUUACAAGAAAACAACUCCGGGUAUAUUGGAGAAAGGAAUAAACCAAAACGGCAGAAAUCUAGCACCAAACUUUCUGAGCUUCACGAUAACCAGGAUAGCCCUGUGAGUAUGGAAAGUUUUAGCUCCUCAAGGCCGACAGCCAGAGCAGGACCUGAUGACAUGGAGGUUUUGUCUGACGAAAGCAAAGAAAAUGAAAACGAUGAUGUGUUUUUCAGGCACUCACAGCAGAUUUCAGGCAUGAAGAUUCAGGAGCACUCGAGCAUUCCCGAAACCAAAUUACAGAGGAACCAAGAUGCUGAUGGUCAGGAAGAUAGCUUCAUCUCAGAAGUGCCUCGGCUGGACUUGACAGCAUUGUGCGAUGAUAACAGCUGGGAAGAGCCCGUCCCAGCUUUCUCCUCCAGGCAACGAGAUGGCUUAGACUCUGACGAAGCUCGCCUGUCCCCACAGGCCGGAUGUCUAAUUCGCCAGCUUCUGGAUGAGGACAGCGAUCCAAUGCUGUCCCCUCGUUUCUAUGCCUAUGGGCAAAGCCAGCAGUACCUGGAUGAUACAGAAGUGCCUCCCUCCCCUCCCAACUCCCAUUCAUUCAUGAGGAGACGGAGUUCUUCUUUAGGAUCUUGUGAGGAUGACCAAGAGGAUCUGACACCUGCACAGCUGACACGGAGGAUUCAGGGGCUUAAGAAAAAGAUCAGGAAGUUUGAGGACAGAUUUGAGGAGGAGAGGAAAUACAGACCUUCCCACAGUGACAAAGCAGCCAAUCCAGAGGUGCUGAAAUGGACAAAUGAACUGGCAAAAUUCCGGAAGCAGCUUAAAGAGUCAAAACUGAAGAGAUCGGAAGAGGAUCUGGCUCCUGUGAUGCGCCAGCGAAGCAACACGCUCCCCAAGAGCUUUGGGUCGCAGCUUGAGAAAGAGGAUGACAAGCAGCAAGACCUGUCAGAUAAAUCUGCAAAACCCGCAGUGGAGGUGACCUUAGACUCCAUCCAGAAGAAGCUGCAAGAAAAACGAGCAGACAAAAACCGGCCUGAGGACAUUAAGGACAUGACUAGAGAUGAGAUAGCAGCUGAGAAAGUGGCUCUUCAGAAAGCACUCUUGUAUUAUGAAAGCAUUCAUGGAAGACCGGUAACAAAAAAUGAGCGCCAGGUGAUGAAGCCCUUGUAUGACAGGUAUCGGUUGGUCAAACAGAUCCUCUCCAGGGCCAACACCAUCCCUGUUAUUGGUUCCCCCUCCAGCAAGCGGAGAAGCCCUUUGCUGCAGCCAAUUAUCGAGGGUGAAACAGCUUCCUUCUUCAAGGAGAUAAAGGAGGAAGAGGAGGGUUCCGACGAGGACAGCAAUGUGAAACCAGAUUUCACAGUCACCCUGAAAUCAGAUGUCAGCGUGCGGAGUUUCCUGGAUCAACUAGAAGAUGAGGCUGAUGGCUUCAUUUCUCCAGUGGAUGAUAAGAUGCCUUCAAAGAGUAGCCAGGACAUGGGGCUUUCUACCCUCCAUGCUGCUUCUAUGCCAGAACUCUUAGAGCAGCUCCAAGAAGUCAGGGAAGAGAAAAAACGGAUCAGAAAAAAAUUGAGAGAAUUUGAAGAUAAUUUUUUCCGACAAAAUGGAAGAAAUGUCCAGAAAGAAGAUCGCAUUCCCAUGGCUGAAGAAUACAAUGAAUACAAGCAGAUUAAGGCAAAGCUGAGGUUGCUGGAGGUGCUGAUCAGUAAAAGAGAUAUUAGUUCCAAGAUUAUGUAAUGAAGCCGAUCGUCUUCGCAGAGCAGCUAAGAAGAGACUGAGACAACCAGAUGAAUGCAUGAAGGGUGCAGCAGGAGCCCUACAAUGAGGGGCUUAGCAGCUCCCCAAAAACUGAAAGGCCAUUUUUAGAGGUGGGAGGUGGAAGAAGGGUGGCUUACAUCGCUCUCUGCACUUGCUGUAGUCCAUUGUGCCACCAGGCCAGUCACCUAGACUGGGGUUGCCAGCAAGAGAGAGGUGAUGCUAUGCUCAGAGACUGCACCAAAAGGGUCCUUAGCUUUGAUUCGCUUCCCAGUUCUGUCAUGCUUAGCAUAUCAGUCAGAUUACGUUUUUCCAGAGAAUCCUAGUAAGCGGCUGACUGGUAUGAAUUGUGGUGAAUUGUCCAAUAACCUCCUCUUUCUCAACCGAAUGCCCUGUCCAGUGCAACCUGACACAUGGUUCCUGCUGUUGGGACGUCCUGAGGCUGUUCUCUCUCAGCUACAGUGACAGCGAGCUCAGGCUCCCAAAUUACCUGUAGAUUUGGGGUUUGGAAAUUUGGCCUUUUCAGUUACCCCACUGAGUGCUGGAGAAUUGCUAUUAAUCAACACCCUGCCUACUGCAUUGGCCUUUAGUGUGACUUUUCCCAGUGUUUGAUUUUCUUACCCAUGUGUUUUCUAACUGUCACUUCUGCUUAGGUAGAUGGUAGCUGGCUCUGAUCAGAAAAGCACUGUCAAAGGAAGUUCAGCAAUACGCUUAGUUGCUGGGUCGUCUUAGCUGGCAUUUUCAAUUGUGACACAAGGACUGUGAUUGGGCAUUUGGAUCAGAGUGGAGGUUCUGAUGGCAGCAGUCAGAAUCCUAUUGGAUUUUAGUAGCUGAGAUGUUAUAUUGAAAUGAACGAGCUGCUCUGUCACUACAGCUCUCCCCGUUCAGGUAUCUGGUAAGCAGAUUGAAGAUCUGUCCACAUCAACAUAAAUGGACCACCAAUCUUUCAGUGUCUGGUAUUGACAUGAAAGACUGAGCUGGACAGUCCAUACACCUAUAGUGCACACACCCGAAAGUUUGUUCUUUUGUGCACCUAAAUGGUAAGACCACAUGGAUUGCAGCACUCAGUGUGAAUUGCAGAGAUGGGGAUGCAGAACACAGUGAACUCAUGGUCUUUUCUUCCUGCUCAUAAUUGCAAAUAUAAAUACUUCGGAGGAGAGAGGAUGCUUCAGGAAAUGGGAAACUUUGAGCCAGAUUCUGCCCUUGGAAGUGUGCAAAUCUGAGGUCAAAAGUUGGAACUUAACACACUCAAAUCAACAUGAACAAUUUUCAGAAAGGAAAACUUUGUUGUGAAUGAAUUAUAGACAGGUGUUUUAGAUGCUGAUGUUAGACAUUUGCUAUUUUGAAGGGAGAUGAGCUCAAAAAAGUAUAAGGAUCUUACUACUAUCGUGCUGAGCAUUUGGCCUCCAUUAUUUCCUUGCAUCACCCUCAAGAGCUUCAAUGUGCAGCUUCACACAGCCUAGGGAGACACCCCUACUUGGAACUAGGACAAGAAUUCUGACUUCCCGGGGCAGGAUUCAUCCCUGCUGCAUGUAGAUGGAGCAAGCCAGCAUACUCCCUCCUGCAUACUGAUCCCAUCCGUGAGCCAAUGUGGAGGAGCAGGGCAGUGGAUAUUGAGUGCAGGGAUUGCAAUUGUGCUUGGCCCUGGUGUAAGUCAAAUGAGGAGGUGGGAAACCUGCUUGUGCUCUACCCCAUGCUUACAUACAAGGACAGUCUGGCUCCAAGAUGCGUGGCAGCUCAUGUUCCCUAAGCGCAUUUCCCCCACGUUGCUAUGUUAUAUUUAUUCUUGCCACAAUAGAUACAGAACAUCUACAGUGUGUUUCAAUAGCUUCUGUAUCUCAAAACAUUAAAAAGAAAUCUCUCUUUCUCCCCCAUCCAUGAACCCUGGCAAGAUUAUGUAGAACUGUCAGGCAUCAGACAAUGCCCGUGAGAAGUAGUACAUUAAAGAUAAGCCAGCGCCAGUUAGUAAGAGGUAGUAUAAGUUGGGUCUUUUCUUUUGCUAGUCACCAAAUUCAUUGCACUUAGGGGGAUUUUCCAGGUUGUUCUUCAUCGAUCACAGAAUUAUCCCCUCCACCUAGAAGAAAUAACAGAAGUAGGAGAGACUGAAGUCUAUAUUUUAAAAGGUAGCCUUUAGUUUUUGGGUGCCCAGCCUAGGGCCUGAUUUUCAGAGGUGUUGAGCACCCACAGCUUCCAUUGACCUCCGAGUUGUAGGCACUCAGCACCUCUGAGAACCGGACCCCAGAGAUUUCUAUACCUGGGCACACAAAUGCAGAGGUGACUUUUGAAAAUGUGGGCCGGAUUGGCUGACUACAGUCCUCUUUCCCUUCUGCAUGCAAGAUGUCUGAGAGUUCCAGCAAAUAAUAAUGGUGCCGUUGUCCUCCAAACCAGCUUUAUGCCAGUUGAAAGGGUGCAGGGAAGGGUUGGGUAUUUUGGGCAUAACUUUAAUAUGACAGUGGUGUUUAGUAGCAGAAAUGGUAGGACAAAAAUGGCUGCUGCGUUCCUCAGAAGUCAGUAUUGCUAGUUGCCUUUUGUAUGAUUAGGCCCCAGUUAAGUGAAGCACUCAAACCCAUGCUUAACUUUAGCCAUGUGUCAAGUCCUAUUGAAAUAAGCACAUGCUUGAAGUCAAGCCUGUGGCUGGUGUUCUUGUGAGUAGAGAUCGACUUAAGCACAAACUUACAUACUUUGCUGAAUCAGGGCCUUAUCUCCUUAAUACCUAAAUUACAGUGGCUGUGAUUACCUAGCCAUCAGUUUUCUAUAGCCAUCAUGCAAAACUCCAGAAGUCACAAAGACUACAUUUUGUUGUUAAAAGCCUGCUUGAACUGUGUACUGAUAAUUAACUGUUUUAUUGCCCCUGACCAUUCUUGACCAACCGUAUAUAGCAAAAUAUUUUGUUUUUAAAUUUAUAAGACUGUAGGGUUUUCUGACUGCCUAGCUACUGCUGUUUACAUGGCACGUUGCUAUGAUUUCAGAUACUUUAUAUAAAUUAUAAGUAUAAUGAUGCACUUUAGAGAGAUUAUAUUUUUAAAGUUUGAAAGCUAAUAACAAAACCUGUAUAGCCAAAAUUGUACUCUAAAAAUCCUUGUCUAGCUCUCUGUUGUUUAAAAGCUGUUCUUUAUACAAAAACAUAAAAUGAAUAGCACCAGUUGAGAUGUAUCUCCUGCAAACUAAUUGAGUUUAGUAGAAUUUACUGCAAUUCACAAAAUAGCCAUUCAGGUACUGAUCAACCCCUGCCACCUCCAAAAAAUUUCAUGCAAAAAUCAAAUCAUUGCUAUCAUUUUUUUUUAUUUCAGUUUUCUUUGUUAUUUCACUUAAUGUAGGCCCUUGAGUGUAUAGCCCAAUUUAUAUUGCUGUUUAUGUGAGAACAUGUUUGAAUGCAAAUGAGAGUGCUUUUAAUAGGAGUGAAGUACAGUACAAGUAUCUAUUUCAAAUAAAAUGAGUAAGCUGUUGGAAUAAGACAAAAUAUACUUCCAUGGCAAUAGAACUUGUCUGUUCUCUGGUGGCAAUAUGGUCUGGUAACUGGCUUUGCAUGGCCUAGAAUGAUACAGGCACAUGUCCUUUUGUUUUUUCACGAGUGGUUGUGAAUUACUAAAUGUUAACAUAAUAAAUGACUGAGGUUUAUUUAGAGAUGAUGAUGAUGAUAGGUACACAUCAAACGGUACAAAUAUAAUGAUAAAACUAAAAGAGUUAAAGAUGGCAAAAACUUGUAAUUUUCACAGGUAGCAUUUGCUUUUAUUCUGUUUACUUUGGAGUAAACCCUCAAUUAAUAGAUGUUUAUAUUAAAUAUGGUGUAAUUAAAGCAUCUUAUCUCUUGACCAUGCUGUUAGGAUUCAGUUUUUAUUCCAUGUAUGUGCAAAAAUUCAUAAGUGCCGUCAAGUCAUUUUAAAAGCCCUUGUGCCUGAGAGGGAAAAGCAUAGAUUAGUGACAUCUCAGCAAGACUUCCAUUUAGGGGAAUGUUUGCAAAAUGGUGAUUCGGACACACUGGAAACUGAACAGAAAUAGAAGCGUGCUUGUUGUGCAGUAGUAUAACAUGGAUAAAUCACUGAGAGUAAGAUAUCACAGUCGAUGCCUGGUUCUGUACAGAUGUCAUGUCUAGGUUAUAAUGGACGUAGCUGGUUAGAAGUCAGAGGGAAUUUUAUUUGCAGCCUUGGUGUUUAGGUGCGGUGUUUUUUAAACUUGCAGAGGCUUCUAGUGCAGUAGUUAAUAUGCUGUGUGUUUAUAGCAUGGAUUUUGUCACACACGAAUGCUUUGCAGGUGGUAUGCAAAGUUGUACCGUUGACUUAUUCACGUUUUCCGUGCCCCAGGGAGCUCGCAGCGAGGACCCACGUUAACAUCUGGGUUUCUUAUUGAUGUGGGAGAGAAAUUGGAUUGGUGGCCAGUGAUUGCGGAGGAGUGGAAUUUGUGCACCCCUGUUCAUUCUAGAGAGGAAAGUAGCUUUGAAUUCUGGAAUUGGUGCCAUGUUGCAGUAGUUAUCGUUAGCUAUGUCUGUGUGCUAGUUUGGGGAAUCACUGCACGUGGUUAACAGCUGCUGCCUGUUUGCAGCUGCUAAUGUUGUGAAUAAUGUCUCUCAUUUUUGUGUGUAUUUCAGAAAGUAAGAAGCGCUUUGCUACACUGUGCACACUUAAAAAGUGUUGUCUAGUUGUUGAGAGAUUACUGGCUCUAGUGAUAUUCUAUAUCUCGGGAACAUUGUUAGAACUGGCAAUAUCUGCAGAACAAGAAGAACCUUUUCAGUGCAUCGACAGUAUGCCCACUUCCUGCCAAAAUCCUUGUAGUGCAGUUAAAUGCAUCAGUUUGACUGCUUCCUCUUGCUUUUCCCCUCAGAGAGUCAUUGGGUUAUUGAAAUGCCUGUGCUGUGUUGGGACCUGAUCCUGCUGCCACUAGAGUCCACAGCAACCGGUACCUGUUGACUCACACAGGAACUGGCCCUUAGUGAAGGCCAGAUGCCAGCUGGAAAAGGGUGUGGACUCUGACAUCACAGAUAUGUGAGACCUGUCUGACUCUGAACCUCGCCUGCAUGGUGACAUACGCAUGAGUCUGACAUGCUGCUUCUGGGCAGCCUUAAUCCAACACUCACCGUUUCAGAAAGCGGUUUCUUUUCUGGUUUCCCUGUAAGUGUCUGCGUGGCCCCUACUAAGCAGGGGAAGGGAUUGACACAUGGGAAAUGUGAUGACCUUCUAAAUCCUUCCAGUUAACGUGGGCAGUGAGGCGAGCGGAGGAGACAUUUCUGUGAGUGUAUUUUAUGCAAAUACUCCAACAAUCUGCAAACCUUUUAAUUGGUAGGCAAAGGGGGAGGUACUUAGUGCCAUUUAUUUUUUUUAAGUCCUGUUUGUGCAUUUAGGAUGGGUUUCUGAAAGCAGCCCAAGGGAGGUAGGCACCCAGCUCCAUCUAACUUCCUUCAGCGCUAUUGAAAAUUCCACCGUCAAAUGCACGAUAUGGAGUUCUAGGAUCCAGGAUUUUAAAGGGGCAUGACCAAGCUAAAAAAAAUAUUGGCCCUUCAAAACCUAAUAUUGGGGUAAUGUUUUUUUUUUAAGUUCAUGUCAGCCAGUUUCCAUCUGAAUGCAAACAUGCCUAUGGUAGCGUUGCAAACAUGCCUAUGGUGGCGUUUGCAAACAGUGUUGCAGCUGUGUGCUAGUGCAUGCAAGCCAGAAAGUGAGACUGCUUGCUGUGUUUGUUCAUGUCCCUGCUAAGUGAAAGUAAACUCACUGCAUGAUGGGUGAGAAGAUUUAUUGCAGUUUCGCUCUGUCUCGAACCCUAAUGCAUUAUUCAUAAUCAGCAUAGUUAAAAAAAAUUUUUUUUUAAAUAUAUGGGGUGAAAUCCUGACCCCACUGAAGUUAAUGGGAGUUUUGCCAUUGACUACAGCAGGACCAGGUUUUCACCCACUGUGUUUAACCUGACAGUGUCCUUUUAAAUUUCUCUUUUAGGAAUCAAGGAGGAAAACUAAGCAGAACUAAUCGUUUAUAUAUUUCUCCUUCCCCCCAUUAAAAGGAAUGGAGCUGUAAUUGUCAGCUAGGCCAACCAAAAAUGCACUUACCUCUGCUGUCAACACUGGUGGGAAAUGCAAGGUCACCCAGAGCAGAUUGAAGUGGAAAUGUAGGGGAAGUGUGCACAGCAUUAUAUUCAUUUUUCCAAAUGUUGCAGACAGUUAUGUUUGGAGGGCAAAUUAGAUAGACUGGAACGUGGUUUCAUCAGAAUGACCUCUGACCACUUUUCUCACCUACCCUAUUUCUACAUGCUUUUUAUAAGCAGAUACU